AUGCUUCCUUUCACCAGGCAUUCUCUUAUUCCACCUCCGAAUUCUUUUUUAUACCGUGGCCUUGCAGCUGUCGGUGCUAUUUACACCACUAGGCUUCUCUUCCACCUCUCAUCAUUUGCCUACCUGCAAUAUCUCCGACCCAGCCGUCUCCACAGCUAUACGAAAGCCCCCGACGGCAAUCCAGCUUGGGCCCUCAUCACAGGCAGCUCGGACGGACUCGGUCUCGGCUUCGCAACGGAACUACUCGCCGGUGGCUUCAACGUGAUCUUGCAUGGCCGCAACUUGGCGAAACUCGAGCGUGUCCGCGCCUCCCUCCUAGCCUCUUACCCAGCUCAACAAAUCGAAAUCAUCAGUCUGGACGCCGGCAGUGAUGCUGACGAGCAGACCAAAUUCUCAGCCCUCUCGUCCCGCCUCGCCGAUAAGCAUCUGACCAUCCUGGUCAACAACGUCGGCGGCCACGCAGGACCGGGGCCACUGUGCUCCCCUCACGCCUCGCGCCUGCCAGGGCACGACCGUAAUGCCAUCAACGUCAACAUCUGCUUCGCGCUGGAAAUCACUCGCGUUGUGCUUCCAUUCCUGACCGGCCACGGGCAGCCGGCGUGCGUGCUGAACGUCGGGAGUGCCUCGGGAAGACUACCUUCGCCCUACAUUGCAGUGGCGGGCGCAACCAAAGCUUUCAUGGAGUCGUGGAGCAAGAGCCUUGCAGCUGAGAUGACGGCUGAAGGGCACGAUCAGAUUGAUGUAAGGUGCGAGCUGGUGGGCAUGUGUAGCACAGGGGGCGCCAAGAGGCCGGUGACUUGGUUGGUGCCGGAUGCGAGGACAUAUGCGAAGAAGAGUCUGAGCUUGGUGGGGGCGGAGAGGAGGGUGGUGUGGGGAUAUUGGCCCCACGCGUUGCAGUUUGCAGGCAUCUUUCCACUCCCGUUAUGGAUCAAGGAGCGGGCGGUCACCAAGGUCGUCAGGGAACAGAUUAUGGCGGAGGAUCAAGCCUCUAGGCAAGAAGUGGCUGAGGCUCACAAAUAA